GAAUAACAUCGCGCCUUUACGUCCGAGAUGCGUGUAAUCGGGAAGAGCACGGACUUGCGGAACGCAGAUGUCAAGAUAGUAAAAGCAAGUAUAAGUAAGGGAUCAGGCCGCUUCGUAUCCAGUACAACAAGACAAAUAGCUUUUCAUCCUCCUUAAGAACCUCAAAGUCGAACACCAGAAAUCUUCCAUUAAUCUCCCCCUUCUUUCUGAGACAAAAUGUCGGCGCAGCUUGAUCCAAACAUGUUGACUGCUCCCUUUCAGCUCACGAAGGCAAUGCAUCGCGAUGUAUACCCAGCCGUCGAUCCCAAGAGGCUUGCACCGCUUGCCUCGGACAAAGUCAUUCUCAUCACAGGGUCAGGUGGUGGUCUUGGAUACGCUGUCGCGAAGACCUGGACCCUUGCAAAUGCUAAAGGCGUUGUCCUCGUCGGUCGUGAUGAACAGAAGUUGGACAGCGUAGCGAAAGAGCUUAAGGGCAACAUUUUGGUUGCUUCAGGCGAUAUCACGAAAGAAGAUGACGUGAAAGCAAUCUUCGAAAAAGCGAUUGCAAAGUUUGGUGCCGUGGAUGUUGUACUGAACGCUGCUGGUAUCGUCAACUACGGCACCAUCGGGGAGAUGGAGCCUUCGCAGUGGUGGGCCGAGCAUGAGAUCAAUGUCAAAGCAACCUACAUCCUUGCCCACUACCUCCACAAUUUCAACAAAGAUCGCACCACUACGUUCAUCAACCUUGUCUCCCUCGGCGCCUCCAUGACCAACCCCGGCCUAUCCUCCCUCAGCACUUCUCAGCUUGCCGCUACCAAGCUCGGCGAACAUCUCGACCUCGAACUCUCCAACGUUCGCGUGUUCUCCAUCCAUCCUGGGAUUGUGGAAGCAAAGGACGGUCGUGGUACUGUCAUCGAUGCUAUGACGCCGUUCGCAAAAGACCAGCCUGAGUUGACUGGCGCUUUCACUUUGUAUUUACUCAAGCCGGAAGCGGAUGUGCUCAGAGGCGGAUAUGUGAGUGUGAACUGGGAUGUUGAGGAGAUUGAAAAGCAUGGAGAUGAGAUCAAGGCAGGGAGACUCUUGAGGCUGGGCCACAUCAACGCGAAGGUCGGACCCGACGGUCAUCCGUGGGCGCAGUAA